UGUGCGCACCUCCUCUCCCCACUGCAUCUGUGUGUCCUUGCUCUUGCUCGUACUGCCGUCAGCAUCUCCUUCACUUAGCUCUCUGCUCGAGUAAAGUCAAGGCUGAAUUAAAGACAACUAAGCUGUGCCUGGAGAAUAAACAACGGGUGAUGCUUUUGUCAGGGUUAGAGAGCAAAUAUCAACAAAUACACAAGCCUGUGUCUUUUUUCUUUGAAUCAAGUGACUCUUGAAUCGAAGGUUAAGACACGGAGUGAAAACAUGCUUCACUACGGAGAAGAAGAGCAGUGGAACAAAGAGAGGUGAAAACAAACUCAAGGAAAGGAAGCUGCUAGUACAGUGGAUUGGUUACCUUUGGGUAUUUGACUACCAAGCUCAUAGAAGACAUCUGUCUGUCUCUCAGGAUACACUCUGCAGGCUGCUUGGAGCCCUGCUUAUCUCGCAAGUGAGCGACACAGCAUACUUUAAAGCUGUCAGGGGCGAUGUGGUGGCAACAGAAAGGCAGUUUUCAUGGAACCUGAUCUGAAGAAAAGAAGCAUUUUCUCCUCUCUUGUUUGCCUUCUAUUCUUCCGUGUCCUUACAUAUUAUGUUCCUACUUUGGACUGCAAUAUAAAGAACACCUAUCCGCAACUUGAGGGUUCUUCGUCCCAUCGUGUCUGUCCUCCUUUUCACUCUGUCUCCUCCAUACCUUCACCUUUUCAUUCACAGUACAAACUUUUCCCUUUGAUACCUAACUGUUUUCUUUCCCUCCUCCAUUUCUUUUCUUCCCUAUUGUUACUCAUCAGCCCUACCUUGCACUUUCCUUUUCUUUUCUAAUGCAUCUCCCUUGCCUGAUUUUUUUCUUUUCACCUCUAUUUUCUUCUCCCUUUUCGACUAUCAAUUUCUCUCUCCUUUCUUGAGCCUGAGGGCACCAGGACUCAGUGGCUGAACACAUACUGCACAUUGUCUCUCCUAAUUGCCAUUUCUUCUUGACCCGCUCAUCUCCGUGUUUUUUUCUCUCAAAUCCCUCACAAUUAUCAUUCCAGUCCUGUCACAAUGUACUCCUCCGCGGGGCACUGGAACUCUACCGAGCAGGUCUGGAUCAACGGCUCCGAGGCAAACAUCUCUCUGGGAAGACAUGGGGUUGUGGAGGAGGAGGAGGAAGGAGAUCAGCACCCCUUCCUCACGGACGCCUGGCUGGUUCCCCUCUUCUUCUCUCUCAUCAUGCUGGUCGGACUGGUGGGCAACUCUCUGGUUAUUUAUGUAAUUUCCAAACACAGGCAGAUGAGGACAGCAACCAACUUCUACAUAGCAAACCUGGCAGCCACUGACAUUAUCUUCUUGGUGUGCUGCGUCCCCUUCACUGCCACCCUCUAUCCUCUCCCUGGAUGGAUCUUUGGUAACUUCAUGUGCAAAUUUGUUGCCUUUCUACAGCAGGUGACAGUCCAAGCAACCUGUAUCACUCUGACAGCUAUGAGCGGGGACCGCUGCUACGUCACAGUCUACCCUCUAAAAUCUCUCCGCCACCGCACACCGAGAGUAGCCAUGAUGGUCAGCAUCUGCAUUUGGAUUGGCUCCUUUAUCCUGUCUAGCCCGAUUUUAAUGUACCAGCGUAUAGAGGAGGGUUACUGGUACGGCCCGAGGCAGUACUGCAUGGAGAGAUUCCCCUCAAAGACACAUGAGAGGGCUUUCAUCCUCUACCAGUUUGUUGCUGCCUACCUGCUGCCUGUCCUCACUAUCUCCUUCUGCUACACUCUGAUGGUGAAGCGGGUGGGCCAGCCAACUGUGGAACCAGUAGACAACAACUAUCAGGUCAACCUCCUGUCUGAGAGAACUAUCAGUAUUAGGAGAAAAGUCUCCAAGAUGGUGGUAGUAAUCAUCCUCCUCUUCGCCAUUUGCUGGGGUCCCAUCCAGAUCUUCGUCCUCUUCCAGUCUUUCUAUCCUAACUACCAGCCCAACUAUGCGACAUACAAGAUCAAGACGUGGGCCAACUGUAUGUCUUACGCCAACUCUUCGGUCAACCCUAUAGUUUACGGUUUCAUGGGAGCCACUUUCAAAAAGUCCUUCAGGAAAACCUUCCCGUUUCUGUUCAAGCACAAGGUCAGAGAUAGCAGCAUGGCUUCAAGGACUGCCAACGCUGAGAUCAAGUUUGUUGCUGCAGAGGAAGGCAACAAUAAUAAUGCAACAAAUUGAAUCUGACAGUUAGAAAUAGCAAGAUAGAGGUUAUUGUUUAUAUCAAUUGCAAUAUCUACAAGAAGACAAUAAAAAUAAUUUAAAAACUCCAGCCAUGGGUUCAUUGUGUGAAAGACUUCACAGAGAAACUGGCUGAUUACAAAAGGACAGACUGUGUUAGGCAGACAUAUUUUGGUUAUGUUAAUACAUACAUUAAUUAAUGAAUUGAUGUGGUGAAACAGAGACUCAUAAUACAGAUGGACACUAACUGUGUUUGGCACAAUAUGUUACCUGUUUGACUGUCAAGGCCAGGCAGCGUUGGCACGUAACAUCAUCCAUCGAGCUGCCAAACACCACAGCCAAAUAGGACAGUGGUAAACAUCUGAUAACGAAAGAGGGACUGUCUGCGGGAGCCCUAAUCCUUGUAAGAACAUGGCUGACAGGGUCUGGAGGCCAGGAGGUGAUUAUCUUAGCUUAGCAUAAAGACUGGAGGCAGGGGGAAACAAAUAGCCUGGCCCUGUCCAAAGUUCAAAAAUAUGCUGACCAGCACCUCUAAAGCUUAUAAAAUACUGUAAUUAUUGGAUUUGUUUAAUCGGACUGUUGUUCUUCAAGAAAUAUUUGCAGCACAUUACUACCCACAAAACUACAAAAAGCUCAGGGGUUAAGAUGCCAACCAUGAACCUUAGUUGGAUCUUUCUCUCCCUCAUUUUCUAUAAUGUUUCUCCUGUUAUAAAGGCAAAAAAAUAUAAAAAAAACAACAAGCUAGCUAAUUCCCCUUAUUUCCAGCCUUAUGUGAAGGUAAGAACAAUAGAUCAUAUUGGAGUUAUAGUUAUUUUCAUUAAGAGUUUCCAACUUGUAAAUAGCAUUUACGUCAAAUUGCAUGUUGUAAUUGAAUAUCUCACUUGGCACUUAGUGAUACGGAAUAUCCGUUGUUGAAUGUA